CUCAUUAGCAUACAUAAUUAGUAGAAUAACAUAAGUGUGCAAUCGAUAAUUGUAUACUUCCCUAAACGUCAGCUGUGCGCGCGAACAAGAUGUGCCGCAGGGGCGCAACGAAAAGGUGGCGAAAAUGAAAUGCCACUAAAAUCAGCGAAAACCAUCUGUCAUCGGUCGUCAGCGAAACUCUACUUCCGACAACGGCAUUCCACACCAGACCUUCCGCAGUCGCCAGAAAAAUAGUGAGAGAUUGUAAAAGUGGCGGUUCACUGUCAAUCCGAUUGUAAAGUGUGCGCGAGUACUACGAGAAUAAUUCCUGAGGCCGACGGAAGGACGAUCGCCGUGAUCACCAUCGCACGUGGGUGGCAGAACAAGAUUCCUCGGUAGAAGGCCGAGAGGCAAAUUCGGGCUAUGGAACGAAAGUACGGGAAAGACCACAAAGGUGAGUUGUUAAUGGCACCAGACAGCAUAUGAGCGGAUUCCUAAUGGUGUUGAUUUCCUAUAGGGUGUGUCGGAAAACUCUGGUCAAAAUCCAGCGUGAAACAUAAGACGUGCGACUGCAACAAGUCGGCACGACAAGUCGCUUGAGUGCCAAUCCGGGGACGUACAGAAAUCAAGUUGAAUAAGCCCUAGGACCCGCAACACACUUAUCGGCAUCCACACUUUCACCACUCGCAUUCGCAAAGCAAAGGCCUCCACAAGGAGGCCUUUUGUUUACAUUACAGCUCGUCAAUUACAGUGAUUGGUCGCACCCACUCGAGCAGGAACCGCAGUGCGAGGUUCGCGAAGCCAUUCCGAAGGCCAUUCCUUCCAAGGAGAAGACGAAGCGCGAAGCAUAACGAGCAGAACGCGGACAGGAAUCAUUGUACGAUCGGUGACCAAAUCAUACCUCUCCGGAGACACGAUAAGUUGGACACAGUAGCCGAUGGGUGGGCGUCGAAUGUGGUGGCCCGAAGUAGCAGCUGGCUCGUCUGUCGAAACACCGAACAGUUCGGAGCAAACACGUAAAACUCAAGUGUACGGAGCUUCACUAUCCCCACCUCACUCAGAGCAGUUGGUCGAGAUCAGACAGGAGGCACGAUGCAGUCGCUGACGAUCCGGCGUACGUGAGUGCUACUUUAAGAAGUGAAACAGAAAGCAAAAGAAGACAGGGCAUGCAAGCUUACCAGGAGAGUAGGGGUACCAAUUAAGCGAAAUGAUGUAAGGAAAAAAUACAAAAUGAUUGCACAUUAUGUCAUGCUUUGUGGCGUUUAAUGUUGACUAGCCGGACCGACCAAUCCCCUUUUAUCACGGAGAGGUCGUUUCACAACACUGGCGCCCAACAAAACGAACCAUUUAGUUUGUGGUUUGUAGAUUUUUGAGUUUUUGGAAAUUUGUGUUGAGUUUGUGGCACAAUUUAUGUUUAGUAACACGUUAAGAACCUACCACUUAUUUCAUUAGUUGGCUAAUUUUUGACCUUAAGGAUCAUGGAUCCAGCAAGCCUGACAGAGGAGGAAAUAGGUUACGAAUUGGCGUUGCGCCACGUAACUAAUCUUGGUUCACUUCCUCGCAGGGCGAGAGCCGUCCGUUUGCGUGCUCUAAUGCAGGAAGAUGAAAUUAAAAACACAAUUUAUGACACUUCUUCCCAUGUUAUGGAAGCUGUCGACAAUAUCAGUCAAUGUCAAUCGGAAGUGAGCAAAAUAGUUUCGGAACUCGACGGAGCCUUCAAGCGCGGUGAUCUUCCAGCAGUGCGUGUAAUACGAUCGCGUUUAAUUCAUUAUCGCGAUCGGUUAGCCAUCGUAGAACCUCCGGCUAAUCACAGUGAAACGCAUGCAACAUUGUCGCUACUGGUGCAGUUUUCGUUGGAGGAUACAGACGACGCAUUGGGAAGAACGAAGAAACAGGUGAGAACAAAAGUGAACAGUGAUAGUGCGAAAAACACUGGUGCUGUUCCCAAAGGAACGAUGCAGACUUCCACAUCACCCGGAGCAAACUUUCGAGGAUUCGACGAGAACGGAGAUCCAAGGGAGCAGUCGAAUGAAGAAAAUCAAGAUUUCGUCAUCCAAACCGAGGAAGUUAGACAACAAUCCAGAUCGACGCCAACAAUGACCGAUCCGUUAGCAGCACUUCCAACGCGAAAUAGUCCAAAUGUCCAGGGCAGUGAACACGGAGCAGAAUCCCUAGAAGUUCAACGAGUCAAUCGAGGAAGAGGUUACAGGAAUGCGAGUCAACGUCCAACAGUCCAGAGUAGCAGGUAUAGCCUACAGAAAGAAUCCAGCAUGCGUGAGCCAACAUUCAGUAGCUUCGCUCCACCUCCAUAUGAGUCGAGAACAGAAGCAGUCGAGCCAGACGUUAGGGAGGAUUCACACUUCCAGGAGUACAACCAGCUGCGCAAUGAGUUGCUGCGCAACCUGAAUCAGCGAUGGCAAAACCGCGCUCCGUAUCGAAACCAAGGUUGGCAAGAUAAUGUUCCGAGGCCGCUCUUCGAGGAAAGGAGGACGCUGAAAGCAAUUCACAACUGGCCGUUCCGCUACAAGGGUGAAAAGGAUGGCUCAUCGCUGAACACAUUCCUGCAACGGGUAGAAACAUUCGCCGCAUCAGAAGAGAUCGCAGAUGAUUUGCUGCUGAAAAGCGUCAAACAUUUGCUGUUGGACGAUGCUCUCAACUGGUACAGCAACAUGUAUGCUACAGGUGUAUUCGGUUCCUGGGAGGAUUUCAAACGCCUAAUUAGACACGAGUUCCUACCAGCAAGCUACGCUUAUAUUUUGAGGGCAGAGGCAUACCACCGCAUGCAAGGCGAGGAAGAGCCGUUCAACAAAUUCUACCAGGACAUCUCGACCCUAUUCCAAUAUGUUGAUCCACCGAUGAGCGAUCUGGAGAAGCUGUUUAUAAUCAAGAAGAACAUGAAUUCAACGUAUGCGCCCAUCGCCGCUUCGCAGAACUCAAUGCGAUUGCUGGUGAAAGCAUGCAAGGAACUGGAUGAACUCCGGAAGCUGCAGCAAUAUCAGCGGCGGAUCUCGUUGCCUUACGGUGCUUUGAUAGAACCAGCUUUAGCCACUCCAAAUCCAUCACAGCGUCAAGCAAAACCACAGCAUCCAUUGCAACGUUUUGAAAGAGUCCAUGCAUUGGAAGCAGACAACGCGCAGAGCUACACAAGCGGUGAAGUACCGGUGGAAAGCGACUGUCCAGAAGAGGAGAAAAUAGACCAGCGUAUGGAGGCGAUACUACAGCAAGUGAACGCUCUCAAACUACGAUUCGACCGUCGUGAAGUAGUAGGUAGGCAAGUUUUCGACCAGCAGCGUCAACAAUCGUCGGGCGGUAGUUCCAAUCUCCAGCAAGGAGAGGUGCCUGAGGCAACAACAGCUGACGGCACCGAGCACAUGAUACAGUCAUACACUCGGCUACCGGUAGCAUACAACAACAAGAACGAAGUCGUCACAAUGUUGCUACUCCCAACAUUGCCGACACGAGAAGGAAAAGAAGUCAAACAGGAAGCGACAAAGGAGUUAUGCACGGAAGAGCACAUUCGACUCCAGGAAGCAAUAAAUAAAUUCCCGAAAGCAGAACCCGGAAAGCUGGGCAGAACGGAUCGCUAUACCCACCGCAUCGACAUAGGAGACGCAAAACCACGGAAACAACGCUACUACCCGAUGUCGAAGUACGUGCUGGAUGAAGUGAACAAGGAGAUCGACCGUAUGCUGGAACUCGACGUGAUUGAAGAGGCACUAUUCUCGCCGUAG